AUGGAGGGCAGCAUAGAUGAAGAAGUCACCUUUAAGGUCAAUAGUAAGCCGGAGGAUUCUGCAAAGAUGCAUAGUGACUUUAUGAACAGAGAUGACAUCAGGCCCGAAGACUCUGUGAGUCAGAGGGGUAGUAGCAGUACCACGUCAGCUAGUUGGAGGCUUCGAGCAAGGGCUAGGAGAGCUGCCUUAGAAGCGGAAGUUAUGGCUCUUCAAGAACAACAAGAGCUUGAGCUUGAGGAAAUCAAGUUAAAACAAAGGAAAGCUGAACUUCUUCUUAAAAUGAAAUUGAAGGUAGCAGAGGCAGAAGAAGCUGUUUAUAAAGGUACACAGUCAGAUGUCAAGGUCAAAGGGAAGACUGAUCCUUUAGAACAGGACAAGACUGAAGAACCUUGUAAGCUUGAACCUUCCAAGGGUAAUCCAACAAUGCCGGUUAAGACAAAAAUUACACCAACAUGUGACAACUCUUCAACCAAUGAAAGCGAUAAGAUGAUGGGUAAGAUGCAUUCAGACAUUUUCCAACACUUACAGCAAGGACAGAAGCAACAUCAGCAGCUGUUGGAAGCUAUCACCAUUUCCAGUGCCAACAUUAUGUCCUUUGAUGGCAACCCUCUAAAUUUUUAUGAAUUCAUGCGGUCGUUUGACAGCGUUAUUGGAAGUUCUUCAUUGGACAAUAACACCAAGCUACUCAAGUUAUAUCAUCUUUGUAGUGGAGCUGCCAAAGACAUCAUCCAUUGCUGUCUAAUGAUGCAUCCUGAUGUUGGAUACUUACAUGCAAGAACGCUACUGACUGAUCGUUUUGGAAACGCCUUCAAGAUCUGUGAUGCCUGGAUCAAGAAGAUCACAGAAGGACCAGUCAUACAAAAUGAUUCAAAACAACUGAGGGAUUUCGCUGAUCAGCUUAAGACCUGUUGA